CCUCCUGCCGCCGCCGCUGCUGCUGCUGCUGCUGCCAGCGCAGCCUGAACUGAAGCGAACUCCGGAGCGAACUGAGGAGAAGUGAGGAGGCGGCGGCGGAGCCGAGACUCACCAGCCACAGGCAGCGGCGGCGGCGGCAGCAGCGGGAGGGCGGGCGGGCGGGAGGGAGGCGGAGAGGAGGACACACCAGGCGCAGCGCGGCGGCAACAACAGCGGCGGCGGCAACAGCGGAGAGAUACCGGCGGCGGCUCCUCGGAAGCGGCAGCCGCGCCAGCAGCGCCCGCCCGCCCCGCUCGUCCCCUCCCUCCCCCGCCGCGGAGACAGGGGGCAGCGCCGAGAAGAGAAGCCGGGCUCAGCGUGUGUGCGCGGGAGUAGGAGGAGGAGGAGGCGGCGGAGGGGGGACACACCGAGGACUGCGCCGGCCGAGGGCGCACGGAGCAGGGAAGCGGCGGCACCGAGAAGCGGCGGCGGGUCCUUGUGCCUGGGAAGGAGGGCGCAGCCCGCAAAGGGGUUUCUACCGAGUUUUCCUUUUUUUUUCCCGGUCCCUCGGACUCGUCGGCAGGUCUGCGUUUGUCUCCGGAUUUGAAUCCUCCUCCUUCUCCUCCUUCCUCGGGGAAGCUCCCCUCCCCGCCCCCUCCCCUCCCCCACCGCCUCCCUGCCCGCCCGGAUCCAGCCGGGCGCCCCGUGCCGCGGUCGCGUUGCUCGGCGGAGCUGCUGCGGGCUCUCGCCGUCUCUACGCGGGCUUGGAAUAUGGUUGGGGAAAUGGAAACCAAGGAGAAGCCGAAGCCGAGCCCUGAUUACCUGAUGCAGCUGAUGAACGACAAGAAGCUGAUGAGCAGCCUCCCCAACUUCUGCGGGAUCUUCAACCACCUCGAGCGGCUGCUGGACGAAGAAAUUAGCAGAGUACGGAAAGACAUGUAUAACGACACAUUAAAUGGUAGUACGGAGAAGAGAAGUGCAGAAUUACCAGAUGCUGUGGGACCUAUUGUACAGUUACAAGAGAAACUAUAUGUGCCUGUAAAAGAAUAUCCAGAUUUUAACUUUGUUGGAAGAAUCCUUGGGCCCAGAGGACUAACAGCUAAGCAGCUUGAGGCAGAAACAGGAUGCAAGAUAAUGGUCCGAGGGAAGGGCUCAAUGAGGGACAAAAAGAAGGAAGAACAGAACCGAGGCAAACCCAACUGGGAGCACCUGAAUGAAGAUUUACAUGUACUUAUCACUGUGGAGGAUGCUCAGAACAGAGCAGAAAUAAAACUGAAGAGGGCUGUUGAAGAAGUAAAAAAGUUACUGAUACCUGCAGCAGAAGGAGAAGACAGCCUUAAAAAGAUGCAGCUGAUGGAGCUUGCAAUUCUGAAUGGCACCUACAGAGAUGCCAACAUCAAAUCACCAGCCCUUGCCUUUUCUCUUGCAGCAACAGCCCAGGCUCCAAGGAUUAUUACGGGGCCUGCGCCUGUUCUCCCACCAGCUGCCCUGCGUACUCCUACGCCAGCUGGCCCUACCAUAAUGCCUUUGAUCAGACAAAUACAAACCGCGGUCAUGCCAAACGGAACUCCUCAUCCCACCGCUGCAAUAGUUCCACCUGGACCCGAAGCUGGUUUAAUUUACACACCAUACGAAUACCCUUACACGCUGGCACCAGCUACGUCAAUCCUUGAGUAUCCUAUUGAACCUAGUGGUGUAUUAGGUAUGGCUUUCCCAACGAAAGGCUAAGAAUUCAAGAACGGUCUUAACUGAUCCUUCAUCAGAUCUGAAUUUUAACAAAUGCUUAGUUUCAGCAGCCUUGAAAAAAGCUUGGCCUAGCAGUCAGUGACUUACUUGCACUUUUUUGCACAUAGAUUUUAAAUAAAAUAGUGCUAUUAAUUUGGAUUAGCUCUUAUUAUUACAGAGUAGCUGUAAUUUAUGAGUGUAUAGUAGUAUACUGACUGCUAAGUGUUCUAUAUAGUGUUUGCUUUACUAAUCACCUAAUUCAUUGCAGUUCAUACUUAUUGACUUAAAGUUUAAAAUCACAAUCUGUAGGCUUGAAGAAUUGCUUUAAAACUUUUUUGUGGUAGAACUGGAAGUGAUCUUAAGAUUAGCAAAUAAUUGUCAGUAUUAAAAGAUGGCAUUAUUUAAAAUAGUCCUGCUGCAAGAAAGGCACUUCAGUGAAUAUGUGACUAGUAAAGCUUAAAUGUGCUUGGGUCUAAUAGAUUUCAUGAAAUACUGUAAUUUUGGGAUUGUAAAUGAAUGGAUUAAACAGGUUAAGGCCAGGAUGUUUAAAAUAAAUGCAAUAUUAAUCUGCACAGAGAAACUUCUUUUUAAGAUUAAGAUUUGAAACUACUGUGCCUUAACUUGUUGCUUUUCUUAAAAUGAACUUUUGUAGUUAAUGAUCAUUGAAAUCCAUUUUGAUAAACCUGCUGUUAAUGUUUUCUUUGAAUGUUUUCUAACUUUGUCUUGGUAAUUGCAAUUUAACUAGGUGCGGUGGCUACUAAAGUUCGAAGGCACGAUAUGCGUGUCCAUCCUUACCAAAGGAUUGUGACCGCAGACCGAG